UUAUAAAGAUGCAAAUAAUAGGUAAGAGGUCGAUUACACAGCACACAUACACUGUAACUGUAACAUCAGCUGUUAGUACAAAAUUAAAGCUCCAUUAUGCUGUCUCAUCCUCGCUGAACGAUAAAGAGCAGGGUUUAAACAUUAAUGGGCGUUGUUUAAAGGUCACUGUCUGCCUGUGCUUCUCACUCAGCUUCCUAAACAUGGCUGAAUUUGGUGAAAUCCUGAAGAGCAUUGGAGAAUUUGGAUUAUUCCAGAAGCUCACCCUUUUUGCCCUUUGCUUCCCAAAUGUCAUCCUGCCUUUUCACUUUGCCAGCGUCUUCUUCAUCCAGGCCGACCCGGACCGGCGCUGUAACACAGACUGGAUCCUGGGUCUGGAUCCAAACCUGACCACGGAUGAGCAGCUGAACCUGACUCUGCCCAGGGAGGCAGAUGGAACCUUCAGCAGGUGUCAGAUGUUCGUCCCCGAGGACCGGGACAUCGAUGACAUCAGGGAGUUUGGACUCAAUAAGACCACGAGCUGCCAGAAUGGAUGGGUCUACAAAAACACACUGUACACAGCCACCAUAGUCACUGAUUUUGAUUUAGUUUGUGACCAGUCUAAUUUAUUGGAGAUGGCACAAGCAGGAUUAAUGGCUGGAAUUCUGUUCGGGUGCCUGAUAUUUGGACCUUUUGCUGAAUCGUUCGGCCGUAAAAGAGCAGCUCAAAUCCCAGUGUUUGUCAUGCUCAUAUUUAGUAUAACAACAGCUCUCUGCCACAAUUUCUACCUGUAUUUGGCGUCACAAUUUAUAGCAGGAAUCGGCUACGGAGGGUUUCGAAUGAAUGGUGUUAUUUUAGCCACAGAGUGGAUCGGCGUGUCCAAAAGGUCAUGGGGGGCAUGUGUUACUCAGAUCUGCGGUGCAGUCGGACAGGCCGUCCUCGCCGGCGUCAUCUACUUCAUCAGAGACUGGAGAAUGGCCCAGUUCGCCACCGCUGUUCCACUGGCAGUUAUUGCACUCUACCUAUGGUUUAUUCCAGAGUCGGCCAGGUGGUUGUUGAGCAGAGGGAAAGUAGAAGAGGCCAAACAGCUGAUUAAAAAAGCAGCAGCCAUGAACAAACGCACAGUCCCAGACUCUCUGCUGGAAAAGAUUGUUGUGACAGAAACACAGAAACAAGGAGGCAUUAUAACUCUUAUCCAAUCAUCUGUGCUUAGGAAGUAUUUCUUUGCGUUAAUAUUGGGAUGGUUCUCCUUGAACGUCACCUACUACUGCCUUUCAUUCAAUGUGGGAAACCUGGGCUUGGACAUCUUCCUCACACAGCUCAUAUUUGGUCUGUCUGAACUCCCAGCUCACAUCAUCUGCAUCUGGUUGUUAGAAGUACUGGGGAGAAAGAUAUCACUGAUGUCAACACUCCUGACUGGAGGAUUCCUGUGCAUCUUAAUACUCGCUUUUGGCCAAGACAAUGCUGUUGCUGUAACAACAUUAGCCACAUUAGGGCGUAUUUUUGCAAACUGGGCAGGAUCUGUAUGCAACGUUUACGUCCAGGAGCUCUUCCCAACAUCCUUCCGACAAACGGCUUCUGGUCUGGGUUCUAUUGCGAGCAGACUGGGUGGUUUGUUGUCUCCGGUGCUCAACAUGUUGUCCAUCUACCACUGGUCCAUCCCCAUCGUGGUCUACAGCAGCUUCAUGUUCAUCAGUGGAGCUCUCAGCUUCCUCCUUCCAGAAACCAGGAACAGAGAACUUCCUGAUUCCACCGACGAGGCUGAGAACAACCACAGGAAAAAGAAAACUGCAACGAAACAAAAUGAAACAAGUGCACCGUUACAGGUCAAAUCAACCAAACUGUAGAUAGAAUUAUUUACUUUUUCCAUGGACUCUUAGAUCACUUCCACCACGAUAGAAUCAAAAUGUCUUUUUUUUUGCACGUUUACUAAUGACCUUGUCUAAAAUAUAUGUAUAAUGUAUUUGUGUUUCCCUUUUCUUAGUCUCUUAGUUUUGUGUUCAUCUUUGUUUUUAUUGUUUUUACUGUUUUAUUAUUGUUUAUGGUCCUUGUCAUUUCUAGUCAGUUAUUAUAAGUUAUUUCAUAUCUUCCUUUGUA